CCAGGGUCCAAGAUGGCGCUCGAGGACGCGCUAGGAGGGCACUGUGAAGCCGUGGCUCUGCCCUUACUCAAGAUGGCCGCCCCCAUCAAGAUGACCGGGGUGUGCCGGGGGUAGAAGGGUGGCGCGGUGGCCUGAGCAGCUGCAGGGUCCGAGCAUGUCGAGGCACCCGGGGUUGGGGUGCUGGGUAGCUGGGGGUGGGGUCGGCGGGGGCUGGGGAGGUCAGUAGCGACCCCUCUCCUGGACCCCACCCCCACCCCUCCCCCAGGCUGAGAUGGGGAACAUGUUGGGUCUGGCUCCUCUGGGAGCUCUGCCCCGCCGAGGCGCCCGUCGGGAGGAGCCGCUGCCCAACCCGGGGAGUUUCGAUGAAUUGCACCGACUCUGCAAAGAUGUGUUUCCGGCACAGAUGGAGGGAGUGAAAUUCAUUGUCAACAAGGUUCUGAGCAGCCAUUUCCAGGUUACUCACACUGUGCACAUGAGUGCCCUCGGCCUGUCAGGUUAUCACCUUCAUGCUGCUUUUGUUGGUGACCAGCAGCUCAGUUCUACUGAGGUGUUCCCUACUGUUGUGGGGGAUAUGGACAGCAGUGGCAGCCUCAAUGCCCAGGUCCUGCUUCUCUUGGCAGAGCGGCUCCGAGCCAAAGCAGUUUUCCAGACCCAACAGGCCAAGUUCCUGACAUGGCAGUUUGAUGGGGAGUAUCGAGGGGAUGACUACACUGCCACUCUAACACUGGGGAAUCCUGACCUGAUUGGGGAAUCAGUGAUCAUGGUCGCUCACUUCCUGCAGAGCCUUACUCAACGUCUGGUGCUGGGGGGAGAGCUGGUAUAUCACCGGCGCCCAGGAGAGGAGGGGGCUAUCCUGACACUGGCUGGGAAGUACUCUGCUCUGCACUGGGUAGCUACACUGAAUGUGGGCUCAGGCGGGGCCCAUGCAAGUUAUUACCACAGGGCAAAUGAGCAGGUUCAGGUUGGAGUGGAGUUUGAGGCAAACACUCGGUUGCAGGACACCACCUUCUCUUUCGGAUACCACUUGACGCUGCCCCAGGCCAACAUGGUGUUCAGAGGCCUUGUGGAUAGUAACUGGUGUGUUGCUGCUGUGUUGGAAAAGAAGAUGCCCCCUCUGCCUGUCACCCUGGCACUUGGAGCCUUCCUCAAUCACUGGCGUAACAGAUUUCACUGUGGCUUCAGCAUCACUGUGGGAUGAAAAAGGUGGAGGAGCCAUCUUGAAGCCAUUAGAGAGAAAGAGAAUCAGGGUCUGGGUCUCUCCCCAGAGACCAUUUUGCCCAGUGUGACUCCAUUGGAUGAAUGAGGGCCUGGACAGAGCUUCCCUGUGAACUGGAGUUAUCACAAUGGGCAGGAUGGGGGGGAUCUCCUGUUUUCCCCCCAGAACUCUAGCCUGACUGCUUUCUUCUCCAAGCCCUUGAAUAGGGCAGGCUCUGAAUGAGGGGGAGGGCUAUGAUUGAUUGCUUUCUUCCACCCCUGUGUAAUAAAGCCAAUCCCUCUCCUCACUGACCCUGAGCAGAACUCAGAAACCUAGGUGGGUACAAAUCCCAUCCUAUAAUCAGCUCUGGGCCUAGUGCUGGAGGAGGGAACAGGGCUAUGGCUGCUUCAGCCUGUACCCAGUGGGCACUGCUUCACUUGUGAAACCAGCUCUGACCCCUUCCUUGUGCAGACUAGAAAAUGAAUGAAUGAAUGAAUAUAUGGCCCUUCCUCGACAGCAGCAUGAA